AUAUCGUCAAAAGUCAUAUUUCUUGUAGUGCUUUCUGCUCCAUUGCCGAAAUUUAGUGGCUCUGUCAAACUUGUCUUAUUUGACAAUCCUCUACUAAACUCUAAUCAGUCCGAAGAAACCCCUUGGCUAAGAAACAACCCGCCUUCUGGGGGUUCGCAAUCCCCUAUUGAUGACCAUUUUUCACCGCUUAAUCCCUUUAUUCCUAACCAAUCAACUCAAGAGCAAAGAUCCAAAACGUCUAAACUAGUUGUGAUUGUGGUCCCUAUUGCAAGUUUUGCAGCCCUGGUUGUCUUUUUCAUUGUUCCUUUAGCGGUUUAUUUUUGUAAGAAAAGAAAGAAUGCCUUUGAAGCUCCAACUUCCUUUGUGAUUCACCCUAGUGACCCUUCCAACGUAGAUAAAAUGGUUAAGAUUGUAGUUGCGAAAAAUACCAAUGGAAGUGUUUCUAUGGGAAGUGGUAUUGGGAGCAGAAACAGUAGUGGAAUAGGUGAGUCUCGUAUCAUUGAGUCUGGAAACUUGGUCAUAUCAGUUAAAGUUCUUCGGAAUGUGACUAAGAAUUUUGCCGCUGAAAAUGAGCUUGGCCGCGGUGGUUUUGGAGUAGUUUACAAAGGAGAGUUGGAUGAUGGAACAAAGAUAGCAGUGAAAAGAAUGGAAGCUGGUGUGAUUAGCAGCAAAGCUUUGGAUGAGUUUCAAGCUGAAAUAGCCGUUCUUUCAAAGGUUCGCCACCGUCAUUUGGUAUCUCUUCUUGGGUAUUCGAUUGAAGGCAACGAGAGAAUUUUAGUUUACGAGUAUAUGCCUCAAGGAACUCUCAGCAAGCACCUUUUCCACUGGAAGAGCUUGAAUUUGGAACCUUUAUCAUGGAAGAGAAGGCUGAAUAUUGCCUUGGAUGUGGCUAGAGGGAUGGAGUAUCUUCAUAGUCUUGCUCAUCAGAGCUUUGUACAUCGAGAUCUUAAGUCUUCGAAUAUCUUACUCGGUGUUGAUUUUAGAGCAAAAGUUUCAGAUUUUGGAUUAGUGAAACUCGUUCCUGAUGGAGAGAAGUGUGUGGUAACCAAGCUUGCAGGGACUUUUGGAUACCUGGCACCAGAAUAUGCUGUUAUGGGUAAAAUUACGACCAAAGCCGAUGUCUUCAGUUUUGGUGUUGUUUUAAUGGAGCUAUUAACUGGAUUGACGGCACUUGACGAGGACAGACCUGAGGAAAACCAAUACUUAGCUUCAUGGUUCUUGAAAAUCAAAUCAACUAAAGGCAAGCUCAUGACCGCCAUUGACCCAUCCCUCGAUGUCAGACAAGAAACAUUCGAUACCAUCUCCAUCAUUGCAGAACUUGCUGGUCACUGCACUGCAAGAGAGCCAAACCAACAACCUGAUAUGGGCCACGCUGUGAAGGUCCUGAGCCCCCUUGUCGAGAAAUGGAAACCACUAGAUGAUGACACAGAGGAGUAUUGUGGUAUUGAUUACAGUCUCCCACUAAACCAAAAUGGUGAAGGGCUGGCAAGAAGCGAAGGAAAGGACAUUUCUUGUUUGGACCUAGAGGACACCAAGAGUAGUAUACCAUCAAAGCCUACUGGAUUCGCAGAGUCGUUUACUUCAAUUGAUGGUCGAUAGGAAAAGGUACUCUUCCUGCUUUCCGCGUGACACGUUUGUGUGGUAGAUGUAAAUAGCAUGUUGUUUUUUAUUUAUGUAUUUGAAAUAUGAUUUUGUUAGCAUAUCCUAGUGGUGUUGGCUUUGGUGGUUGAUGUUGGAGACUUGAAAAUGCUUGUUUGCUUUGAAGUUUCAGCUGUGAGAUGUAGAUAGAGAACAAUGAAUGACAGUUGUUGUGAGUUGUGUGGAUUUUUUUUCCCCCUUCCUGUAAAUUCUCUAUCUUUAAGUUUGGAUGAAUAUGCUGCUGUUGUUGUUUGUUUGCUCUUUUUUUAUUUUAUUUUUUUAUAAUAUACAUAUUUUGUCA